CUUCAUAGGUGUUGAUAGAACAUAUGUCAGUGCAUAUUAAGUGAUUGCUUUCGGUUUGUUUUGAUGAAGGAUUUAUGUUUAAUCUUUACUUAAAAAUCGCUAUGCUAAUGCUAUGCUAACCCGCGAGUGAAGGACUAUGUAUGCCCUGUGAUAUGUGAUAAUGGUUAUUGAAGAUUGCUGGGAACACUUAACUGCCAGCUGAUACGGAAGUCCCGUACCCGCUACAGUUCUUGGGGGCUCGUCCGGGAUGAGCACCAACUGCUAGAGGAGGGAAGCUCAUCCAAAAGAAUCCAAAGACCAGCUUGCCGUGGAUCUUUGUAUGGAAUCCUUGCUGUUUUUUGAUGAUUAACAGUAGUUUGGAGGUUGGUACGAUGGAAAAAGAAAGAAGAAAUCUGGUGAAGGAAAUCAGGAAAGCCCUUUGCGAACUGCCUGAGGAUGAACUCUUCCUCAUUGCUAAAAACAUUGAACAAACCAACGAGGGGGAAGAAUCACGAGUAGAACUGGGGGAUGAAGAGGGAUGUUUCGAUUUCAUGAGUGGCUUUUUGUGCUGUAAGAGCCUGAUGGGAAGGGAAGAUGGAGGAAUGGCAGUGCUGCUAGACCUAAGGGAUAAAAUCUUAAUUACUCAGUCUCGGUAUGGAACAACACAAAAGUAUAAGACACCUGACUGGAGCACAGGGGAAACCCAGGGUCACUCGGAUAACGCAAAAUCUGACAUAAACCCAAUUACCAGCCAUUCCCCCAUGUGCACAGUAGACACUGAGUAUCAGCAGAUGUUAAGGAUGUACGAGGAACUCGGCCGAAAGAUUCACGCUACGAAUCCCCACACCAUGUCCUCACAAUCAGGCGCGCUCCCAUUUUCUUUCCAGACUCCCCCUCCCCCACGCUGUACCGAUGACCAAAUGAGCAGGAGAGAACCUCCAUAUAUCCCACGGAGAGAGUUUAAAGUACAUGGAGGCCAGAUUGGCGACUCUACCUCUGAGAUUAGCUUCAACAGUGUAUGCCGACAAAUUGAAGAGGGCCUGCAAGAACAUUUUAGUGAAAGUGAAAUCAUCAGAGGGGUACUGAAGAUCACUAAACCCGGUCACUUCAAGGAGAUGUUAAUGGAGAAAGAGGAUUUGACGGUACAAGAGUUGAAAGGGCUGCUACAGUCUCACUUAGGGGAUAAGAGUAGCACAGAGCUGUUUCAGAAGUUGAUGUGUGCACGCCAAGGAGAAAACGAGAAUCCACAGCAGUUUCUUUAUCGGGCAAUUGGACUCAAACAAAAGAUUCAGUUUGCUUCCAAACACAACACUGGGGAUAUAAGGUAUAAUGCGAAGACCAUACAAGAGGUAUUCCUCCACACAGUUUGCCAGGGUUUGGGGUCCAAACACGGUGAGCUUCGUCGUGAACUUAAACAGCUAAUUGCUGCAGGAGACGCAACAGAUGACAUGCUUCUCAGACAGCUUGUAAAGGUAACAAGUGAGGAGGAGGAGAGACAGCGUCGGCUGCAGUCAAUGCCACGACUUAAAACCACUCAUGCUCAUAGUGCUCAAAUUCAAGGAAUUUCAGAAAUUAAGGCAGCGUCUGUGACUACUGAGCAGGUUGAUAAAGAGAUUCGCAAGCUUAUCACCCAAGUAGAAGCACUGACUGAUGUAGUCAAUUCACUACAACAGCCCAAGGAGAAAGAACAGAAUUGUCAAUGUAUGGCUAAAGCACCUGAAAAGAGGAGAAGGCCGGGUUGUCCUAACUGCAUGAAACAGGGGAAAGUGGAGACUUGCAGCCACUGUUUCAUUUGUGGAGGGGAAGGUCACCGGGCGGUUGGCUGUCUAAACAGGCAAAAAGGGUCAGUACCUAAUGUUAGGCCAAAAAGCACACCAGCGACAACAGUCCCUAAUGCAGGUUCAUCCUAUCGUAACUAUACAGUUAAUGCUGGUUCGUGGGAUCACAUGGGUAGUACCACCAGGAAACCAAAGAGAAGACAACCUGAAGGCUCAGGAGAAAAGAUUGUCCAGUUUGUUGGAAAAAAGUGUCUACUGGAAGGCGAAAUUGGAGGUCAUGCUUCUCGACACUGGAGCGCAGGUUAGCAUCAUUG